UGUCCCUUCAAUGUUGGAAAAUACUACCAAAUCGAACACAAUGGAACCAAAAUGCCCUACACCUACAGACGAGUCACCUAAGACGAAUGCUCAGACGAAGCAAGACGAACAAUGUGAACUUUCGGAAGCUUCUUUAACGACCAUGGAACGGAGAGAUGAUGUAAUUCUGAUAGACGAUGACGACAAGGACGCUUCCCAAACAUCCAAGUCCAACCCACCAUCUGAAUCCGUUGCGUCUCCAAGGGCAACUCCACCAGCGCAAGAUGAAACUGUUCGAAAAAACGUUCCCGAUAACCCCAACGCUGAAAAGACAUCGGAAAACGAAGCCGCACAGCUCGCAGAUGGCCAUGACAGGGCACAACCGGCAGACAAACCUUGUGUCCAAACGGAGGAACUUGACUUGAUCGGCGAAAGUACAAAUGAAAAUGGCAAAGACGAUGAACAAAGUAGCAUUGUAGCAAACGACACAGACAAACCGGAAGAUGUAGAUAAAGAAGUUGACAUACCGGCACCGGAGGAAGAUACCGUUAAAGAAGCCCAUGACAUCGCCAAUGUGGAAAAAGUAGCUGAACCAGAUGUGGAGAAGUCCACAAAUGAUUCAAACGGCACGGUCAAAGAAAAAGAGAUCACCGAAACUGCAACUUUCGAAUGCUGCAAUACGGAGUGUCCCAAACUUUGCACUGAAUUUAUUCCAGCAACUAUGUUUGCAAUGAAGUUCUACGAUACUUCGAAGAAAAAACGUAAACCGUACGUGUGCAACGAUUGCUUUGAAAGUUGCGUGCAUCACUAUGAGACUUUGUGCUCCAUGAUGCUCGAUCACCAGCCGUUGGCGAAGUCCAUUAGGAAGGCGAAGGAGUUUGUGGAAAUAUCUGACAGCAGCGAUGAAGAGGACGAAAAAGAAAUCUUUCAAGGCAAUGAAGCACCGGUGCCUGAAAACAUAAUUUCGUUUAUGGAAUCGGAAUUGAUGAAUGUGCUGGGCGCAACACUCAAGAAUACUCGGGCCGACAAACAGGUGAACUGGACCAUGUCAGCGAUGAAGAAGAACAUUGAAAAGAACAAAAUUGCGACCGAAAAGAUGGAGACCGAGCUGAGAGACCUGCAAAGAAGUGUAGACACGAUAUUUAGGGAUCUUUACUCGUCGAAACAAAGAUACGAGACCAGGUUACUGCCCGAUCUUCACAUAAUCAACGGUGAAGAACAAAUGAUUAUGCUUCGUCGCCCGGCCCCCGAAUCCAAGCAAACCUACUACGGGCUCACUGAAAAGCUGCCAGGAAUAUGGCAAAAAUGUUCAGUCGUCAAAAAGGUCCUGGAAUCACACGGCUAUGCCUUCUGGGUACAGUUUCCUCCCGAGUCCGUGCGUCCUUCCAACACAACGUUCAAUCUGAAGCUACAUUCGGCCACACAUCUCGCCUACCUCGAUGCGCCCGAUGUGAAGCUUCAGACCGGUACACGCGUGAUCGCUAAAAUCCGAUCACGGGACAAAUCGGAUGGCACGGACUCUAGACACCGGGGCAAAGAUUCCUUCUACGCCGGCAUAGUGGCCGAACCUGUUGGGCUCGCCAAUAACUACCGGUAUCUGGUUUUCUACGAUGACGGGUACGCACAGUACAUAAACCAAGAAGACGUCCGGGUUGUGUGUGAGCAGUCGGAGAAUGUUUGGGACGAUGUCGCUGAACUUUCGCGGAAUUUCAUCAAAACCUAUCUGGAAAACUAUACCGCUAUGCGGGUAAUGGUGCAGGUUAAGCCAGGCCAACGUUUGCGAACGGAGUUGAACGGGAAGUGGCACGCAACUACGGUUGUGGAAAUCGAUUGCAGCUUGAUUAAGCUACAGUUUCAAGGCAUGAACCACACGGAAUGGAUUUACCGUGGAUCGAGGCGGCUCGAAAAAAUGUACUUCACAGAAAACCCGCGGCAGCAACGGAACGCAAAGUUUUCCAAGCUUCAGAAACGAAACGAGCCAUCGAUAGAGUACAUUAUUACGAUCGACGAUGAUAAGGAGGAAGAAAAGGUUGUUCAGAAGGAAAAGGUCAAAAAGGAACUUAUGUCCAAAAACGAGGUAUUGGCGGGGCGAGAGGAAGACGGAGCAAAGCAGACAACAAGUACAAACGUUGCCGACGCGACGGUCACCCGCCCACGGUACAUGAACCAGAACAUUAUCUACUGUGAUAAUGAUAAACCCGAAGGAACGGUCUCGACCUUCCCUUCCACGCGGUUCCCAGAACCGAAACGCUACACACCACACACGUGCAAUCGGUCCUGUUUGUACGAAACCACAUACGACUUGCGGGUUUACAGUUUCUUGGGCCAUCCCCUCCUAUGCGGCUGGGAGCGCCAGCUCUGCACAAUACGGAACAGAAAAUCGAUCGUUGUUUAUCGGGCUCCGUGCGGUCGCCGUCUGCGGUCCAUGGACGAGGUGCACCGCUACUUGCGCCGCACGAAGGCCAAGCUGAACGUAGACAACUUCGAUUUCGAUCCCGAAAUACGCGUACUGGCGGAGUACCGCAUGAAACAGAUGGUGGUCAAAAUACCGGAUCUAUCGAAUGGUCUCGAGUAUACACCGGUUUCGUGUGUGAACGCUUUCGACGACACCAAACCGCCACCGUGCGACUACUCGGUUAACCGCAUUCCCACCGAGGGCGUCAACCUGAACCUGAACCCGGAGUUUAUGUCUUGCUGUGAUUGCGAGGACGAUUGCUUCGACAAGAGCAAGUGCCAGUGCUGGCAGUUGACGAUAACUGGGGCGCGGUUUUUGAAUCCGAAGCAACCGAUCGACUCAAUCGGCUACAUCUACAAACGCUUGCCAGAACCGGUACUCACCGGAAUCUACGAGUGCAACUCGCGAUGCAAGUGCAAAAAGAACUGCCUCAACCGGGUCGUGCAGCAUCCACUGCUCAACAAGCUACAGAUCUUCAGAACGAACAACCGAGGCUGGGGCAUCCGCUGCCUAAACGACAUACCGAAGGGCAGUUUCAUUUGCCACUACUCGGGCCAUCUUAUCACCGAGGACACCGGCAAUAUGAUCUGCGCCGAGGACAUAGGGGGCGACGAGUACUUUGCCGACCUGGACUACAUCGAAACGGUUGAGAACGCGAAGGAGGGCUACGAAAGUGACGUUUCGGAGAUGGAACCCGAAUCAAACGACGGGGACUACGAGGAAUCAAACUCUUCGCCAGAAGACGAGCUGGAAGUUACUAAUUCGAAGGAAGACUCUGAUGAAGAUUUCACUAUCAACAGCACACCCUCCAAUCGUGCGGUCACAACGCGAUCUCAGCUGAGACCCCGCAAAACCACGACGACGACGACGACAGUAUCUCUUGACGACACGCCGGAUAGCAGCGAGCCAGAAGCAACAGGCGAGAAUCGAGUAGCUCUUGACGAUACGCCCGAUAGCAGCGAGCCAGAAGCAACAGGCAAGAAUCGAGUGCGCGAACCAAUGAACUUCAUGCCACGAACCGAGAUGUCCCGGGGGGAUCGCCUGGGCCAAAAUGGAGACGAAAAGAAACCACUUCGCAGCUAUUUCGGUGCAAAUGAAGCAAUUUACAUCAUGGAUGCGAAGAAAUCGGGUAAUCUGGGACGGUACUUCAAUCAUUCCUGUUCACCGAACCUCUUCGUGCAGAAUGUAUUCGUCGACACGCAUGACGUACGGUUUCCGUGGGUAGCGUUUUUCGCCGACAAAUCCAUAAAGGCCGGUUCGGAGCUAACGUGGAACUACAACUACGACAUAGGAUCCGUGCCCGGAAAGGUGCUGUACUGUCACUGCGGAGAAAAAGAAUGUCGUAAACGUUUACUUUAAGUUCAAACAUUCUAUGGAAACGAUUGUCUAGAGCGUUAGAAACAAUAAUGGCGUUAGUAGAAAAGAAAUACAAUUCAGCUUUGAAUAAAGACUUUCCCACUUACCAGC